AUGCCUUCCGCCCGCCUACCCUAUAGCGGCACUCGACGCAAGCUGGUCCUUGCGUUCGACGUCGGGACGACAUACAGCGGUGCUUCAUACAGUAUCCUUGACCCAGGUGUUGUUCCCGAAAUUCGAGGGGUAACUCGAUUCCCCGCUCAAGAGCACGUGGGAGGAGACUGCAAGAUCCCAUCUUUCCUCUACUACGACAAGAAUGGUGUUGUGCAGGCCGUUGGUGCUGAGGCGAUGCGCGAGGAGAUCGUAGCUAUCAAGGACGAGGAGGAAUGGAUCAAAGCUCCAUGGUUCAAGCUCCAUCUCCGACCCAAAUCCGCCGCCAACACUGAGUUCGCAGGCCAAAUCCCUCCCCUUCCUCCAAACAAGACUGCCGUCCAAGUUUUCGCCGACUUCCUUCGAUAUCUCUUCCAAUGCUCGAAAACAUACAUCGAAGAAACGCAUGGUAUUGGCACCAACUGGUGGUCGACAGUGGAAGGGAACAUCGAUUUUGUUUUGUCACACCCCAACGGAUGGGAGGGUGCACAACAAGAGCAGAUGCGCCAUGCAGCUGUUCUCGCUGGUCUCGUGAGCUCACACACCGAAGCCGAGAAACACAUCUCUUUCGUGACAGAGGGUGAAGCGAGUCUUCACUUUUGCCUUCACAGUGGUCUGCCUGCGGAUGCGCUGAAGGACGGAAGCGGCGUGCUGAUCGUCGAUGCGGGAGGAGGCACAGUCGACAUCAGUGCAUACGCUCGAUCCCAAUCAGGGGAUUGGUUUGAGGAGAUCGCUGCUCCUCAAUGUCAUUUCAAAGGUUCCAUCUUUGUCACCUUUGCCGCUCGAGACUUCCUCGAAGCUCGAUUACGACAUUCAAAGUUCGCCGAGGAUGUUCCCUACAUCACGGAAUGUUUCGACAAGACUACCAAGCUGAGAUUCCGAAGCAAGAACGAUCCGCAAUACAUUCGAUUUGGAGGUGUCCGUGACAAGGAUCUCCAAUACGGUAUCCGAUCGGGUCAACUACGACUUGAAGGAUCCGAGGUAGCAUCAUUCUUCGAAUCUCCUAUCAGCACCAUCUUGGCCUCUGUCAAGGAGCAGAUCCUGUCCGCUCACCGACCUAUCCACUCGAUCUUCCUAGUUGGCGGCUUCGCAGCUAGCGACUACCUCUACACUCAACUCAAGGACGACCUGUCUGCUCUCGGCUUGACCGUACUUCGCCCCGACAGCCAUGUGAACAAAGCAGUCGCUGACGGUGCUCUCUCUUUCUACCUCGACCACCGCGUCGUCUCCCGUGUCUCUCGAUUCACCUACGGCGUCAACUGCCACGUACCCUACAACCCGCGCGACGAGGAACACCAAAUCCGCUCCAUCACCAGCUGGUUCUCUCCCUCUGGUAACCGUCGCCUGCCAGGUUUCUUCAGUGUUAUCCUCCCCAAGAACACGCAAGUCUCGGAAACGAAAGAGUUUAGGCGAUCCUAUUUCGAAGAGUCCGACUACUUAUCCAACUUUAGCUGCGUCUCUGUUGCUCUGGAUUGUUACCGGGGCAAAGUGGAGAAUCCUAAAUGGACGGACGUUGAUGCUGAGAACUACUCGACGCUUUGCUCAAUCGAGGUUGAUCUUUCUCAAAUGGGCAAAGCUUUGGGACCCUACAAGGGUGUCGGAGGCCAUCUUUACUACAAGGCCGAUUUCGACAUCAUCCUUCUGUUUGGAUUGACCGAACUCAAAGCUCAGCUUGCGUGGAAGGAGAAGGGCAUUGAAAAGCGAUCGCCAGCGCGAAUCGUAUACGACCCGUCUGCCAGGUUUCGAUAA